AGCUCUCUCGGCCGGCUGAGGUUUGGCUGCUGUGUCCUCUGGAAAGAGUUUGCGCUGGAGGAGGGAGCCGAUUUCGCAUCGCUCUCACAGACCAGGCGCCAAGUGUAGCAGUCCCGUCCGCAGUCUGCCUCAGCACUUCAACUGCCCGCAAUGCCAGUGGAUACUGCCGCCCCGCUCAUUUCCACGCCGCACUGAGUAGCUGUACCUCUCAACGAGGUACCCUGGAUCUUUACUUUUGGACUGCUGUGUACACUGUCCUGAGUCAUCUGCGCUGCAUGAAGCGAAUGGAGAAGGUCCAAGGAUAACAGAGGGUGCAGGAUUUUGCUACUGCAGAAGACCUGCCGGUGGUUCUCUGCCCGAGGGGCUGCGCGUCUGUCAAAGGCUUUGGUGUCGCAUCCACUAUUUUGAUCAUCUAAAUUCGCCUUGCAUGGAUACAUCAUGGCUACGUUUGUAUGCAGGGUGCAGUUCUUAGAUGAUACUGAUCCAUUUAACAGCACUAAUUUCCCCGAGCCCACCAGGCCACCUCUGUACACUUUCAGGGAAGAUAUUCCUCUGAUAAAUCAGAUUGCUGGAGUCCACAGGCUGCUAAAAGCCCCACAGAAGCCUGAUGACUGCGCCCUUCAGCUGUCCCAUAAUGGAAGCUAUCUGGACUUGGAGUCUACCCUGGCAGAACAGAGAGAUGAACUGGAGGGAUUUCAGGAGGAAGGAGGGAGAGGCAAGAAACACAGCAUUAUUCUCCGAACACAGCUGUCAGUCAGAGUUCACGCCUGCAUCGAAAAACUCUACAACUCAACUGGAAGGGAGCUACGGAGAGCCCUCUUUUCCCUCAAGCAGAUUUUUCAGGAUGACAAGGACCUGGUGCACGAGUUCGUGGUGGCCGAAGGACUGACAUGUUUGAUAAAAGUGGGAGCUGAAGCCGACCAGAACUACCAGAAUUAUAUCCUCAGGGCUCUUGGACAGAUAAUGCUGUAUGUGGAUGGGAUGAAUGGCCUCAUAUCUCACAAUGAAACAGUCCAGUGGCUUUACAGCCUGGUCGGGUCCAAGUUCCGUCUAGUGGUGAAGACAGCCCUAAAGCUUCUGCUGGUGUUUGUGGAGUACACAGAGUCUAACGCCACCCUGCUCAUAAAGGCUGUGAAUGUUGUGGAUGCCAAAAGAGGCACAAAACUGUGGUCAAAUGUCAUGGAGAUUUUGGAUGAGAAGGAUGGAGUGGAUACAGAGCUGCUGGUGUAUGCAAUGACACUCAUCAAUAAGACUCUGGCAGGCCUCCCAGACCAGGACUCCUACUACGACAUGGUAGACUGUCUGGAGGAGCAGAGCAUUGAAGCCAUGGCCCAGAGACAUCUGAGCAGGAAGGGCACUGACCUCGACCUCGUAGAGCAGUUCAACAUCUAUGAGUUGACUCUCCGCCAUGAGGACGGUGAUGAAGAAUCUCAGUUGCCUCCUAACGCCCGGAAGGACCGACGUCGGGCUAGUGUCGGGGGCUCCAACGAAAAGCGCGGCCUGGAGAGAAGACGCAGCCGGAGACAUUCGCUCCAGAAUGGCAGAGGUCCCGCCUCUGCCCCAGCAUCACCCAGCAGCCCUCAUACUCAUACAAGCAGCUUCCUGCCCUUUGGCGGCCAACGUGUUGAAGACAUCAGUGAAAGUCUGACAGACACAAACAACUCCCCUUCAUCUUUCACUGCUAGAAAGCCCUGCUGGGCUGAAAGAAUAAGUGCCAAUGGCACUCCAUACCCUGGCAGGCACCAGGCUCCUACAUCACCCAUCCAUCGUUUCACUAGUUCAGCGACUUCCACAGCAGACACCAAACCUGACAGACCUUCCUUAGGGGGCUUGCUAACUUCAUCUUUCAGACAACAUCAGGAGUCUCUGGCUGCAGAGAGAGAGAGGAGGCGCUUGGAAAGAGAGGAGCGUCUGCAGAGGAUCGAAAGGGAAGAGAGGAACCGCUUAAAUCAAGAUUAUGUAGACAAGAGGGAUGAAGUAAGACAAGCCAGAGAGGAAAGGUACAAGGCUGUGGAGAGGCUAGCUGCAGAGGAGUUUGAGCGGGAGCGACCCAGAGCGCCAACAAGAGGACGGACAGAGAUCACUUUGUGUUUGAGUUCCAACCCUGCCAGCCGCUCUGUAUCUCGCUCUGCCACACCCUCAUCCAUCAUCUCACAAGAAGACACGGUCGCCAGCGCACAGCAGACAUCGGGAACAGAACACAUCUCAGAGCCAAACCUUGACCCACAGACCAGAACCAAAAGCCCAGCGCCAGAGUUAACAGUAUCAGAACCUUCCCCCACACCUCCUCCUGAGCCAGACAAGCAGCAGACUGAGACUGAGUCGCCUGCAGAGACGGAGGAUGUUGAUGAGACUCAGUCUGACCAGAGUGUAAUUGCGGAGCCAGCAGCAGACGAACAGGCAGGCACAGAGAAAGAAGAGAGGCGAGAGCAGGAGAAGCUGGAGGAACAGAAACAGUGCAUGAAUGAGGGAGACGUAGAAGAGCAGGUGGAAGAAGCGGAGGUAGCCGAUGUAGCGGAGGUGGCAGAGACAGAUGUGGAGGUGGAUGUUGAGUUAGAGGAGGGGUCAGAGAAGGAGCAGCCGAUGGAAAGGGAUGUAGAAGACAGUGUAAUGCUGAGUGAGAAGGAGAGACAGAACGAGGAAGUGAAUGAGAAGGACAACUGCUCCGCAUCCAGCAUCUCCUCUACGAGUAGCACUCUGGAGAGGGAGGAGCGGGAGGAGAAACUCACCAAUGACAUUGAAGCAGGCCAAUGGACGCAGUGCAUUAAAGAUGCAGAUGUGAACGACCAGUGCAACAAAAUACUCAAUAGCAAGCGCUUCAUGCUGGACAUGCUCUAUGCUCAGAAGGCGACCAGCAAGGAUGAAGAGAACGUAGGUGAGACAGAGAAAGAAAACUGUAAAUGUGAGAAGGAGACAGAGGUCAGUGACUCUUCUGUGGCGAGCCUGGCCAGCAGGAUCUCCACACUGGAGGCUCACAGACAGGCCAGAGAAGAAAAUGUGAAAAAACUGGAAGUCGGGCAUCUGGACAACCAGGGCAGUGUCCGAGCAGUGGCGGAGAAAUUUGGAGAUUUGGUCAAAGGCCUAUCAUCUCCUCCUGAGGUGGAGGCCUCAAAAGAGCAGCAGCAGCAGCAACAGCAGCAGCAGCAGCAGCAGACUGACAAAUCAUCAACUGCUGUCUCAUCAGCUUUACCCCCGAAGAAAGAGUCAGACUAUAUCUGGGAUCAGCUGAUGGCCACACCCAGGGAGCUACGGAUCAAAGAAAUGGACUUCACAGACCUGAAGGAUGAGGAUGACAUGGAUAUUUUAGAUAUGGACAACGUGAUGGGGUCGGGCGAUCUUUUACCACCACCUCCUCCUCCCCCGUGCAACGCUGCCCUACCGCCACCCCCGCCCUUGUUUGGGUGCCCCCCACCUCCUCCCAUCCUCGGCAAAAUGAUGCCCCCACCUCCACCAUUCAUGGCCCCCAUCCCUCCACCUUCCCCUCAACUGAGUCGAGGGGAGGUGCCUCUCUUCCAGAAGAAGAAGAAGACCAUCCGUCUCUUCUGGAACGAGGUGCGUCCCGUGGACUGGCAGUGUAAGAGCCAUAAAUUCUGUAAGGAGUCCCUGUGGUCCAAACUGGAGCCAAUUAAACUGGACACGUCCAAACUGGAGCAGCUGUUUGAGUCCAAAUCCAAGGAGCUGCCUGUUACAAAGAAAGCUGCAGUUGAUGGCAAACGACAAGAAAUCAUAGUCCUGGAUUCCAAACGAAGCAACGCAAUAAACAUCGGCUUGACUGUCUUACCCCCUCCUCGCACCAUCAAGACAGCUAUCCUCAACUUCGAUGAGUACGCACUGAACAAAGAGGGCAUUGAGAAAAUCCUGACGAUGAUCCCCACAGAGGAAGAGAAGCAGAGGAUCCAGGAGGCUCAGCUGGUCAACCCUGAUAUCCCCUUGGGCAGCGCUGAGCAGUUCCUUCUCACCCUCUCCUCCAUCACAGAGCUGUCUGCUCGCCUGCAGCUGUGGGCAUUCAAGAUGGACUAUGAGCUUAUUGAGAAGGAGGUAGCGGAGCCUCUUCAGGAUCUUAAAGAAGGGAUGGACCAGUUAGAGAAAAACAAAACACUCCGCUACAUCUUAACCACGUUGCUGACCAUCGGCAACUUCCUCAACGGCACUACCGCUAAAGGCUUUGAGCUGAGUUACUUGGAGAAAGUCCCAGAGGUGAAGGACACAGUUCACAAGCAGUCCCUGCUGCACCAUGCCUGCACCAUCGUGGUGGAGAAGUUUCCCGACAGCACUGACCUCUACUCCGAGAUAGGAGCGAUCACCCGCCUGACAAAAGUGGAUUUCGACCAACUUCAAGACAAUCUGGCCCAGAUGGAGCGAAGGUGCAAAGCAUCAUGGGAUCACCUCAAGGUCAUUGCGAAACAUGAGAUGAAACCAGCAUUGAAACAAAAAAUGUCAGACUUCCUUAAAGACUGUGCGGAGAGGAUUAUUAUUCUGAAGAUCGUACAUCGAAGAAUACUCAACAGGUUUCACGCCUUUCUGCUAUUCCUGGGUCAUCCGAUAUACGCGGUACGUGAGGUCAGCAUUCAUCGCUUUAGCAAGAUCCUGAGUGAAUUUGCCCUGGAGUAUCGCACAACACGAGAGCGCGUGCUACAACAGAAACAGAAGAGGGCCAACCACCGAGAGAGGAACAAGACCAGGGGAAAAAUGAUAACAGAUAGUGGUAAAUUUGGCAACGGCCCGCCAGACGCACAGGAAAGCCAGCCUCAGGGUAUCCAGUACGCUGAAGAUGCAGCUGAACACGAGAACAUGAAGGCCGUGCUGAAGAGCAGCCUGCAGGGCGGAGAGAGCGGAGUGUCAACGGUGCCGGGCCUCCGUACACGCACCAGAGCCAGCAGCACUAGAGGGCGUGUCCCCCCAUGGUGCACUAGCAGUGACGACCCAGUGAACUGCACAGAUGAUACAGCUGAUGAGAUCAUGGAGAGGAUAGUUAGGUCAGCCACUCAGGGGCCCAGCCAGCGGACGCAACCUCGAGAGAGGAGGCGCUCCCGAGCCAACCGAAAGUCAUUGAGAAGGACACUGAAGAACGGUUUGACGACAGAGGAGGCCAACGCUCUCGGCUUGUCCAGCGGUUCAGAGAUGCAGGUGUGAGCAGAACCCGGAUCCCAUCAGACACGAAGACGUCUGCAAGCCCUUUCACUGCCCCUCCACUGCCUUCACUCAUCAUGGCAACCCACUACUCUGGCUUGGCGCUAAAAUCCCCCCCCCCCACCGCCCCGCCC